GCAACUCCAUCGAAGCCAUCGGCAGAGUUGCUCCGGAAUUGCGAUGCGCGCUCUGCUCGAUGACGUCAAUGGCCGAGGCACGCGCAGCCAGAUUCGUAAGGCAGUCCCCACCCAUUUUUGACUUCGCGCUCUUAUUCCUUUCUUCACUCCAACCCUCCAACCCCAUCCAUCGACAAAACCCUCCAUGUCUCCCAAACGUGUCAGGAAGAAUGGGUCGACCAGCCAACUCCAGCAUCAGAAUCCACCCUCGCCCCCUUGGUCCGAGAGGAAUGUCCCCGGUGACGACUCCCCGGCCCCAGUCCGGAAAGCCAACGCAGAGGCUCCACCCGGUCCCAGUACUAGUCCCCGGACAACCGAGCCCACCGCAGUUUGGGACGACGACGAGGAACCCGCGGAUGUAAUGGGGAUCAGCGACCAAUCCAUGGGACGUCACCCACGCGACCCGAACGAGUUCGCAGGCACAGGAGGCUACAACGCGCUGAAGACCUACAAAGGACAGUUUUACUCGGGCAUGGCGGUCGGAGGCUCGCACACUUGGACCUACGAGCCGGGGACGUGGAAGGAGACAAAGGAGGAGCCGGAUCUGUGGAAAAUCGACUAUCGGACUACCAAGCGACGCGUGAAGAAUGCACCCCAGGGGAGUGGCGCCCCCGUUGGAACAGAGUAUCACUGGUUUAUCGUUGGACACCAGAAGAUCGACGCCAAUACCUACGAGACCAGCCUCAGCGGAUCCAAGUAUAAAUUGGCAUACAAAUCGGCAGGAUCGAACUCCUGGUCUGUUCCGACGGUCAAGAAGCAGCGGGAGAGAGAAAUCGAGUUACUGGACGAUGCGAAACAAAGGGUCCAGGGACUCCCCCCCGUGCUCGCUUCGGAGAGAGUAAAAACCGAGAAACAUGAGAAGGGCCAGCAGAAACUGGAUAGCAUGUUUGGGUCGAUGGGGACAAGUUCUAAGAAAAGAAAGGUUGACGACCGAGGGGAGGGAUAGUCGCUUUUUCUAUUGUGAUCGAUCGACAGGUGUAAGCUAUAACCAUGGUAAUCGCGGUAGGUGAAAAGGUAGGCAGUUGUAAUGUGUUGUUUAGUCUUACCGACGUUUUAGACUGAGAUCAUCGACCCUGAAUAUCAAUCCCAACUCCACACCUCUGAAACAUCCGAGCAACUACCGUCCAUCGGCAUUUGUUUGGCUGAACCCCGCUUUUGUUGAACCAGAAUGACUGCGUUUGAUGUCGAACCUGCCAGGGUUGAAUGCCUCGGUUGAUGUACCGAAUGCAAGCAAAGGCAGAAAACGCCCCGAUCGAAUGCCUGAAAUCAUGUCGAG